GCGGCGCUUCAUGGAGCGGCCCCGGCCCGGCCGCCGGGGGCAGCGCGAUCCCGCGGGGCCCUGUGAGCCCCCAGCGCCACGGCACCAUGUUGCUAGUUGAGAAGACAACCGACUCACCGGUGGCCGAGUUCUCGCUGGUGGAGGACGUGGCACUGCACUUCGCCUGCUUGAUGGGCCGCCUGAAUGAGCAGCGCCUCUUCCAGCCUGAUCUCUGCGACGUGGACCUGGUGCUGGUGCCCCAGCGCAGCGUGUUCCCGGCCCAUAAGGGCGUGCUGGCCGCCUACAGCCAGUUCUUCCACUCCCUCUUCACCCAGAACAAGCAGUUGCAGCGUGUGGAGCUGUCCCUGGAGGCUCUGGCCCCCGGUGGCCUGCAACAGAUCCUUAACUUCAUCUACACGUCCAAGCUGCUGGUCAACGCCGCCAACGUGCAUGAGGUGCUGAGCGCCGCCUCCCUGCUGCAGAUGGCUGACAUUGCCGCCUCCUGCCAGGAGCUGCUGGACGCCCGCUCCCUGGGCCCCCCGGGCCCCGGCACUGUGGCCCUGGCCCAACCAGCCACCAGCUGUACCCCCACAACACAGCCCUACUACUGUGACAUCAAGCAGGAGACGGACACCCCGGGGCUGCCAAAGAUCUAUGCUCGCGAGGGUCCCGACCCCUACUCAGUACGUGUAGAGGAUGGAGCCGGGGCCACAGGAGCCACUGGGCCUGCCACCAUCGGACCCCCUCAGCCCUUCUUUAAGGAGGAAAAGGAGGGGGGUGCAGAUGAGGCCAGUGGGCCCCCUGCCAGUUUGUGCAAGCUGGAAACAGGGGAGGAGCUGGAAGAAGAGCUCGGCGACUCGGGCACCUACAGCCGCCGGGAACAGUCCCAAAUUAUUGUCGAGGUAAACCUCAACAACCAGACGCUGCACGUGUCCACCGGGCCAGAGGGGAAGCAGAGCCCUGCCACGACCCCUGCCACGAUGGUACUGGGCCAGGAGGAGGGGUUGCAGAGACACUCGGAGGAGGAAGAGGAGGAAAAUGAGGAAGAGGAGGAGGAGGAGGAAGAAGAGGAGGAGGAAGGAGGUGACAGUGGAGGGGAGGAGGAGGAAGAGGAGGAAGAGGGUGGCAGUCAGGGAGGGGAGGAGCAGGGGGAGGAAGGGCACAGUGAGCAGGAGGAAGAAGAGGAGGAGGAAGAAGAAGAAGGGCACAGUGAACAGGAUCAAGAGAGCUCAGAGGAGGGGGAAGAAGAGGAGGAGGGGGAGGCAGGGGCCAGGCAGGGACCUGGGGGACAUCAGGGUGGCCGAGCAGACCCCCCGCCCCACAGUCGCAUGGCCACCCGGUCUCGUGAGAAUGCCCGUAGCCGAGAGGGCCCUGAACCCGAGGAGGCAGGACGGAGGGGUGGGAAGCGAUCCAAGCCAUCCCCAGGAGGAGCCCCUGCACCUGCCUGUGGAACACCAGCCGCUGACGGACUUGGGGCCAAGGUGAAACUGGAGGAGAAGCAGCACCACCCCUGCCAGAAGUGCCCCCGAGUGUUCAACAACCGCUGGUACCUGGAGAAGCACAUGAACGUGACCCACAGCCGCAUGCAGAUCUGCGACCAGUGCGGCAAGCGCUUCCUGCUGGAGAGCGAGCUCCUGCUACACCGACAGACGGACUGCGAACGAAACAUCCAGUGUGUGACCUGUGGCAAAGCUUUUAAGAAGCUGUGGUCCCUCCAUGAGCACAACAAGAUCGUGCAUGGCUAUGCGGAGAAGAAGUUCUCGUGUGAGAUAUGCGAGAAGAAGUUCUACACCAUGGCGCAUGUGCGCAAGCACAUGGUCGCUCACACCAAGGACAUGCCCUUCACCUGUGAGACCUGUGGGAAGUCCUUCAAACGAAGUAUGUCUCUCAAGGUGCACUCGCUGCAGCAUUCGGGGGAGAAGCCAUUCCGGUGUGAGAACUGCAACGAACGCUUCCAGUACAAGUACCAGUUGCGCUCCCACAUGAGCAUCCACAUUGGCCACAAGCAGUUUAUGUGCCAGUGGUGUGGCAAGGACUUCAACAUGAAGCAAUACUUUGACGAACACAUGAAGACCCACACAGGAGAGAAGCCCUAUAUCUGCGAGAUCUGUGGCAAGAGCUUCACCAGCCGGCCUAACAUGAAGCGCCACCGCCGCACGCACACGGGCGAGAAGCCGUACCCCUGCGAUGUGUGUGGCCAACGCUUCCGCUUCUCCAACAUGCUCAAGGCACACAAGGAGAAGUGCUUCCGAGUCACGCACCCCCUGGGCACCGACAGCACCCCUGCAGCUCCAGGCCUGGCCCCCACGCAACCCCAGACCCUGCCUCUGCUCUCAGGCCUUCCCCCUGCCCUGCCACCACAGCCCCACCUGCCGCCGCCACCCCCACUCUUCCCUACUGCUGCCCCAGGGACAGCCCCCACAGGUGGGAGGCUGGGUGCCAACAAUUAAUUGCCGCCCUCCCCCCGGACCCCAAUGGGGACCCUCUUGGUGGUACAAGGCGGUAAUGUGGAACUGCAGCAGUCGUCCCCAUCUCCAGAGCGAGCAGGACACAUGAGCCCCAGGCGGCCACCCUGUGCUGAUGGAGACCACCUCACUCCCAAGUGCCCCCUUUUCAGUGACUCCUUGAAGCCUUUGGGUUUUUGUUUGGUUUUCUUUUUGGAAAUUUUGCAGCACCUCUCUCCAGGUGAGAAGGGUGCUGGAGGGGGCAGGUACAUACAAGGCAGGGAGUCUCUGGCACCCUCAUGAGCAGUCAUGCUGCCAAGGUGGAGCCUGAGUCAGAUUUUUCAGCUCACCCCUAUUUCCCCUGAGCUGUCAAAUGUACCCCCUUGGGUACAAUGGGGAGACAUUGGGGUACAGUCACCUCUUAAAGGAGUUAGGACCCGUUCUGAGGGCAGUGGAUAUGGAGGCAGGGCCUUGAGAUAUUAGACCCCGUCUGGUGAGGAGUGGGGCAGGCAGGGGCUGGACCCCAGGAACUGGCUUUCCCCCUUCUCACCUCUGCCCUGUAGGCCCUGAGACCCUGCCACCUGCACCAGCAGAACCAGGAAGCCUGAGUUCUGGGAUGACCCCUCCAGAUGCCCCUGGGGGUUAGGGGCAACUGGAACUUCCUGCUUUUGCUGUCAAGGAGCUCCAGUCCAUGCAGAUUUCUGCCCCAGGGGCAGGGCCCUAGGAGGAGGCUUGGGUAAAGGUGUUAAGGUGCUAUCAGGAGGGCAGGAGGCCAUUGCUCCCAGCCUCUCUCCCCAGCUUCCUGUGUAUCCUGGCCAGCAAGACCAUGUGUCCUGGCCAGAAGAACUGGUGUGUGUCCAUGUUCGUCUAUCGCCCUCCUUAGGGCAGCACCAGGCCUCAUCCUCCAGAGGCUGGUCCGGCAUCCAAUCCCUCCUGGCCUCUGCACUGGUGGGCCGGGCACUGCCAAUAAGAGGAGCCUGCCUUUCAGGCCCUGGGUGGGGGUACCUGAAGCAUCCCCACCAGUGCCUGGCAUUUGCCCCUGCAAGGCCAGCACUCAUAGGACACUCAUUUUUUGUUGUUUUUUGGCAUUUAACGUCUUUAUUCCUGCCUUCAAAUUGGGGAGGAAGAUUCCAUAAGCUACGUUUCCUAGGUAAGCUCUUUCUGAGUGUGUUUAUACAGUUUUGUUUGUUACACUCUCUGCACCUUAAACCUCCAUGACUACCCCCUACCACCAUCUUCGCAGCAUGGCCGGAGGGGGGAAGAGGCCCUAGUCCCAGGGAAAUGGUUGGGGGUUAGACCCCUGUCAGUCUCAGGACUGAGGGCAUCAGAGCCCCUCUGACCUUGUGAGGUCCAGGACUCUGGGGUGGGGGCUGGAAUCAUUUUAAUCAUCAAUAAACGAAGCACUUUAUUCUGUACAGAUGUGGGCAGGCCCCCGGAGCCCAAGUGAUUUUGAGGGUCUUUGAUCCAGCAGCCGCCCACAAAGCCCGGCUGGCCCUAUAAGCUCGGAGGGGCAGUGCCCAGUUGCGUUGGGGUUGCAAGAGUCCAAGCCGGAGCCAAGAUUCUCAGGCUGCCCCCUUCUAGGGAGAAGAAGACUCCCCUUCCCAACUGCGGGGAGUUGGUCACAGACUCAUGGAGUCAGGGCUGGGCCUCCCAGACUCCUGCUCUCCUGUGGCUCUCCCCCUCUCCUACAUCCCUUGAUCUCUGGGCUUCCAUGACGUCCUCAGGGUCCCUCUCCCAUGCCCUCUCUCCCUCCCCCUUGCUAUUUCUAACCUCUGGUCCAGUGCCUGGCAGCUCUUUAGAGCUGGCUCACAUUUUCCCAAAAAGAAAAAAAAAGUUGGUCUCCCCCUCCUGGGCUGUGAGGCUGGGGUCCCAGUGGGUUUCCCAAUGUCCGUCACUGGCCCCACAAUCUUAUAGAGUCUGGUGGCCUUGUCACCUGCUCACCACCCAGCAGCCUUAGUGAGCCUGGGGGCCCCUGCUAUGUCAGGCUGUGCUGACAAGUGGAGACCGGAGAUGGGUAGGGAAGUGUUGGUGGUGAAACACUGUCCCAGGUCUUGGGGUUCCUGUUCUUGUUCGCGUCCCCACUGAGGGGGAGAAGGGGGUGCAAGCAGCUGGCUGGGUUCUGGUGGAGAUGGCCAUUAUAGCUAAAAUGGGUAUGGCUGGCCUUCUUCGAGGAGGACUGUCCCAAUGGGGACAGGCCCGUGUCCCUGGUGCUAACAGCUCUUUCCUCUGGGCCAGUGCUGGCGGGAAUUUUUUUCAGGCCCAGACCACAGAGUCUGAAGCAAUAAUGGAACCUCAGCAGAGCCAGUAGGAGUCAUUUUACCAGCUUUCACAUUCACUUUUUAUUUUUUAAACAAGCACCUGGACAUUGGAGUGAGGGAACUGGGGGAUGUCCCCCACCGCCUAGGGCUGGUGGGGUGCAGAGCAUGGGAUCAUCACCUCCCACUGGUGAUCUGUAGCAAUGGUGGGGUUCCUUCUCCCGACUGGACUUCUCAGCCCAUUUGGUUAAACUCCAGGGCCUGGACUUGCUUCUUUCCCCACCCAGCUCUCCCCAGGCUCCCGGGGAAUGGGGAGUAGCGAGGGGCCAUGGUCUCGAGCCCUGUGGCCUGAGAGCUGUAUUGGCCCUCCAGGGGGUUCAGAAGGGCAGAGGAGCUAUUGUGCCUGGACACAGGGACCCUUAGUGUGUGGUCAGAUGUGGCCAACCCCAUGGCGCCCUGAGUAUGUGGGGAGCAGAAGGAGUGCAAAUGAGAAGAGGGGAGAAUAAACUCAGUACAAAUGUC